AUGCAUACUUCCAUGCAGGCCAGCUCAGACUGGGCAAAGCCCAUGGCGGAGCAGGCGCUAUCAGGACUGAGGCUACAGUAUCCGCAUAAGGUAGACCAUCUCUGGCUGCAGCCUGACGGGCCGUUGAAGUCGCCGGAAGCUCUGCAUCCUGUGUUUUGCGGCAACUACGACUGGCAUAGUGCAGUCCACAGCCACUGGUGCCUUCUGCGGAUUCUAAGACGGCACGGCAAUGAAGUGGACGUUGGAAAGGUCUCACGUACUCUCCUAAACAGCAUCACCGUCGAAGGAUGCAAACAGGCGUUGAAGCCAUUGACCGAGAAGAUCAGAUCGCUCCUGCUCGACUAUCUCCCAAAGUUGAAGCACCCAGUCCCCUGCAUGAGGAUCUUCUCAGCCGACGAGGACUACAACCCCAAUUUCGAGCCGUCAGCCGAAGACUUCCUUUCCCCUGGGCUGUGCGAGAUGGACAUGAUGAGGCGCCUCCUCCCCAACGAGGAGUUUGUCGAAUGGGCGAGCGAUUGCAGCAUCCUUCGACCCCCAGUUGUUGCUGAUCGAGAGGAUGCAAGAUUGUGCCACCUCGACGGCCUGUUGCUGAGCAAGGCAAUCGAGACGAAGCUUCUCCUACCGUCUGAAACCCGAGCAUGGCAGGCCUGGAACCUUCGAGGCAUCGCCAAGUCGUGCGAGGGAGCAAAGACGGUGGAGGCGCAAGUCAUCGCGCGGAUGCGCGAGUCAGCAGAUGAGCACGUGCAGCUGGCGGAGUGGUUGUCGCCGAGCUACGUGGGGUCACACUGGCUCCAUAGCUUCGCCCUCCUGGCAUUCGAUGACGUUUCGUGA